AUGGGGUUCAAAAAGAAGAUGCUCGAUUUUGAGGGGCAAAUCUCCGAUGUCGAAUCUGAAUCAGAUGCCGAAACUCCGAUCUUACUGCGAUUCCCUUUCCUCCAGCUACCGUCUGAGAUCCGCCUACACAUUUAUCAUUACGUCCUAUUCACCCCGACCCGAAAGAGUGCAUUGAAGCGCACUGGCAAUGUUGGAUCUUCGGCGAAAAAAAGCAAACCUCUAGCACCAUCUUCGCAUCGCAUCGCCCUGUUCCGUGUCUCGAGACAAAUCCACGAUGAAGCCGCUCACUAUUUCUAUUCAACUCAGAUAUUUCGUGUGUUCCCCGUGCAGGACUUUUUGCGCAUGCCCACAGUCCGGGCUUUGCCUCGACGCCACCGCUCUUCAAUUACCACAAUCGAAUUGAUUGUGGGAUCAAGCUGGACUGCACCCCCAAAGUCAUGGAUUGUGAACCAGAGCCUAGGGCUACACGACAUGGAGCUUGUACGCACGUUGAAAGUGUUUGUGCAGUGUGACCCUUCACAACCUGCAUUCGAAGGCUUUCGCAUCUCCAAGGAAUAUUAUACCGACUUCUGUGGCAAAUUGUUACAUCAAAUCCUGGAACGACUUCCGGGUCUAGUUCAGGUCGAAUUCGAUGCCUGGCCUUCUGUAGAAAAGAAUGGACCUUUGAUGACUCGUUUGCUUACGGAAACCCGAGAUGCUCAGAAAAAGGUUCUUUGGGGCCCUGAUAGAGGUUGGACCGACACUCACGAUGACCACGAGAAACAUGACCUCACUGAUGCAGAUUCUGCCUUUGAUGGCCUACGGGCCUACUCCUCUGAUGUUGUUGAAGCUUUGAGCAACUCACUUCAGAUCGUCACGCUGGGCUCAUGA